CAAAUAUUUAAAAAAGAUUAAAUACAUUUUCAUUUAGACAUUUAUGUAUCCAAAAUUUAACACCAACGUGUAGGCAGGCUACAGUCAUGUAUAAAUCCAGCUGUUUAAAAGCACAAAAACAAGUAAGGGAUACAAGUCUGUUAGUGUUUGAUUGAUCUAUGCCAUCCAGGCUUUAGAUCAUUCUGAUGAUUAUAUAUGUGCAUGGAAAAAUACUGUAAUAAUAAAUCAAAAUAUUAAGAACAUUUAAAGUAUAUUCCACAUUUCUCUAUUUAAUUUGAUCUUGUAUAAAAUGUCCUAAUGACAAAGUAUAAAAUUCUUUGCAUAGUAGUAUAUAAAGAAUGACAUUUUACCACAUCAUUGCUGUCGAAAUUGCUGCUAUAAACAAACAAAUUUAUAUUACAUGUAAACUAAACGCAUAUGAUGGUUUAGUUUCAUCUUCCGGAUAAAAAUGUAUGUGCCUGUUGAAUCCUUACAUCACUUAUCUAGCGAGAUUUAGCUGCCUGCUAUCUGCCAGUGAAACAACGAACCAACACACACCCUGAUAAAUCUUGGAAACCAUUUUACAUGUGUCUAAAGUCACAGAGAUCAAGAAGGCUUUGUAUCUGGAUUGCUGUAGUGCAGUCGACUGUAUGAUUCAAAAAAGCUCAAGGGCAGAAGAGAACACAGGAAAAUAAGAAGUUAAAAGGUUUUUACAACAAAAGCUUAAAACAUGGAAACUCAAGACUCUGAUGUUACAGAGGCAGUAAAAGCAUCGGGAGAGUCAACACUGGAAAAAGCUAAAGCAAAAGCUUUGGCAGAAUUUGACCAGAUGUUAAAUGUUUCACUUAACAUUGCCAUAACAGGAAAUACAGGAUCUGGCAAAUCUUCUUUUGUAAAUGCACUUAGAGGUCUGUGCGAUGAUGAUGAGGGUUCAGCCCCUACUGGAGUUACAGAAACUACAAUGGAGGCCACCAUGUAUGAGCAACCUGGAAUGCCAAAUGUGAAAAUUUGGGAUUUGCCUGGAAUAGGAAGCCCAAACUUUAAAGCAAAUAAAUAUCUUAAGGAUGUCAAAUUUGACACUUAUGAUUUCUUCAUUAUCCUUAGCUCAGAGAGGUUCCAUCAGAACGACAUCAUGCUAGCUAAAGAAAUAAAGAAGAAGAAGAAAAACUUCUACUUUGUUCGUUCUAAGAUUGACAAUGACAUCUCUGCAGAGCAAAGGAAGAAAGGAUUCGAUGAGCAGAAGAUUCUUUCCAAAAUAAGGGAAGACUGUAAGAACAACCUUAAAGAAAUAGGAAACCCCAACGUUUUCUUGAUCUCAUCUUUUGAAUUGGAGAAAUAUGAUUUUGAAAAGCUCAGAAACACACUAGAAAAAGAGCUACCGAAACAUAAAAGAUCUGCUCUCCUACAAGCCUGGCCAGUAUGUUCGGCUGAAUCUCUUGAAGAGAAGAUCAAGUUUUUUAAAGGGCUGAUCUGGGCUGCAUCUCUUGCCUCUGCAGGAAUAGCAGUGGUCCCUGUGCCUGGCCUAUCAGUAGCAUGUGAUACAGCCAUGGUGUUAUCGUUCCUUGUGAGGUGCUACUACGCGUUUGGCUUGGACGAUCGUUCACUCAGCAGACUUUCAGAAAAAGUGAAAGUUCCACUGAUAAAUUAUUUGGGGAAAUCAAAGAUCGCUGCUGCAAUCCGAGAGAAAACACUGACCAGGAUACAAGUCUCUUCAACGUUAGCAGUGACGGUUACCGCUGAAUAUGUGCUGAGUCUUGUUCCAGGUUUGGGCAGUGUUGCAGCUGCAGGAUUGUCUUUUGCUACCACAAUGUAUGUUUUGAGAGAGGGCUUAAAUGAACUGGCAAAUACUGCUCGGGAAAUCAGAAAAGUAGCUGGACUGGAUGCAGUUUGCGAUAACUUUUACAGUGAAAAAUCAGGCAUAAUGGCCGAAUGUUCUGCCUACAUGGAUUUCUCUAAAGCUUUGCAGACACUAGGAGAACAAGACCCAAAUGCAGCUGCUACAAAGGCUAAAGAACAACUUGAUGCUUUUGACAAUGUAGUUCUGAACAUUGCUGUGACUGGAGAAACAGGAACAGGCAAGUCUGCUUUCAUUAAUGCUUUUCGAGGUCUGGGUGAUGAUGAAGAUAUGUCUGCGCCUACUGGAAUCACCAAAACCACAAAUGAUGUUAACAUGUACACCCAUCCCACGAAGCCAAAUGUGAAACUCUGGGACUUGCCGGGGAUUGGUGUGCCAAACCUCAAGGCAGACCAAUAUCUCAAUGAAGUCAAAUUUGAGAUUUAUGACUUAUUUAUUAUCAUUUCGUCCGCAAGGUUUAAGGAAAAUGAUGUCUUUUUGGCCAAGGAGAUUAAAAAAAAGCAAAAGCACUUUUAUUUUGUCCGAAGCAAGAUUGACAAUGACAUUUACUCUGCGUCACACCGCAGAAACUUCAAUAAGGAUCAGGUGCUUUGCACAAUCAGAGAAAACUGCUGCAAAAACUUGAAGGACGUUGGAAACCCAGAGGUGUUCUUAAUAUCCUCUUAUGACCUGGAGAAAUAUGACUUCCAAAAGCUGGUAGAUACCAUAGAGUCAGAGCUUUCAGAACAUAAGAGAUUUGCUCUUGUUCAGUGUGUGCCAGUUUGUUCACUCGCUAUGCUAGAGAAGAAGAAAAAAAUGAUGGAGAAUAUUGCUAUUCUUGCAGCUUUGGCCUCAGGCCUUGGUGGGUAUUUGUCUAUGCCUUUACUGUCUGUGGUUGUUGACAAGGCAGUUCUUGUGGCCUUUUUUAUGAGUUGCCGUUAUGCAUUCGGAAUGAAUGACCAAUCACUUGAGAAGCUUUCAGAAAAAGUGAACAAACCUGUCUCACUGUUGAAAUCUCCAAUAAAGUCUCCUUUUGGGUUGGCACUAGUAGACCGAUUGAGUGUUAUGCCUCAUGUCACUAUGUCAAAACCAGUUACAAGCUUAAAUGACUUGCUUGAUGAGAAAUUUAUUGUGAAAAGGAGUCAAAAUGCUGCUAUGGCAUUUACCAAUACAUAUACUGGCCUAAAUAAAGCUCUAAAUGAAAUGAUGGAAGAUAUGACAGAAGUUCUCAAAGUGGCAGGUUUGGAUUAAUGAAAGCAAACUGGUACGACAAAGGGAUGCGAAGUUAUCCCCUUUGUCCAGGUUUAAGAAAUAGACAGUGAAAGUUACUGAAAAUACUGUCCAAUAAUGUAAUUUUUAUUGUAUUUGUAUUUGUUUAUGGUGUAUGAUAUCAACAAAUUUAUUUGGAUUGUCAGUGUGAUUGCUAUGUAACAUUAGUAGUGCCACUACUUUUUACAAGAAAUGUAACGCUGAAUGGAGUUUGGGUUGAAAUUACUUUUGUAUGGGUAUGUGAAUAAUUAUUAAAACAUAUUAGAGGAAAAAACAAUAUAUUUUUAUUAAUAU